ACUGUCACUCCCGUUCAUACCCAGGUCUGUCUGUCUGUCUGUUUCUACCCUAUUUUAGAUUUCAAUUUUAGCUCACUGUUCUUCAAACAUCAGUUAACUUUAUGGUUGUUGGAUAUUGCAAGCUGGAAUAUCACUAAAAUGGAAGAAAUACAGUCUCAGUCAGAUAAUUUCCGAUCAUCAGCAUCAUCGUUAGCGAGUAGUCCUGUUAGUAGAUUACCCUCAAAUAACUUUUACUACUUACGAAAGCCCGGUUCUUUAAGAUACCCCAUUUCAUUUGAGGACUCACCUGAUUGGGAUGACACAAACGUUGAGGUUACGGUUACGGUGGAGGACAGUAAGGACAAUAACUUUGCCGCCACAACCACCGCCUCACAUAGCGGCUCUUUAUCAUCACCACCUCAACCAGAGGCGGCAAGAAAUGUAUCCGGUGAUUCAAUUGUAUGGAAGGACAUAACGGUCGUUGUAAAGGGUAAACGAAAGUAUUCGGAUAGAGUUGUUAAAAGCUCAAGUGGUUAUGCGUUACCUGGUACAAUGACUGUGAUCAUGGGCCCGAGAAAGUCGGGGAAAUCGACCCUUUUGAGGGCCCUUGCGGGGAGGUUGGAUGAUUCAGCAUAUAUGUAUGGUGAGGUGUUCGUGAAUGGUGCAAAGUCAUCAAUGAACUACGGAUCUUACGGAUUUGUCAAAAGGGAAAACACGCUAAUCGGGUCGCUGACCGUGCGUGAAUAUCUCUACUACUCAGCAUUACUUCAACUUCCUGGUUUCUUGUGUGAGAAGAAAAGUGUUGUUGAGGAUGCCAUUACGGCAAUGUCGUUGGGUGAUUACGCAAACAAACUCAUAGGUGGUCAUUGUUGUACAAAGGGUCUCUCGAAUGGUGAAAAACGACGUGUCAGCAUUGCCAGAGAACUCGUGAUGGAACCGCGUUUCUUGUUUAUAGAUGAGCCUCUUUAUCACCUUGACAGUGUUUCUGCACUAAUGAUGAUGGUGAACCUGAAGAAGCUAGCAAACACAGGCUGCACUCUUAUUUUCACUAUUUACCAAAGUAGCACUGAAGUCUUUGGCCUCUUUGACCGAAUCUGUCUUCUUUCGAAUGGAAAAACGCUAUUCUUCGGAGAAACAUUGUCUUGUUUGCAGCACUUUUCAAAUGCCGGAUUUCCUUGUCCAAUCAUGCAAAGUCCGUCUGAUCACUUUCUUCGCGCAAUAAACACAGAAUUUGACCGGAUCAUAUCUGUGUGCCAAAACUGGCAGGAUGAUCAUGGGGAUCUUGCAUCUGUUAAUAUGGACACCGGUGCGGCGAUUCGUACACUUGAGAAAACCUAUAAAUCGUCUGCUGAUGCGGAAGCAGUUGAAACAAUGAUAUUAAGAUUAACCGAAAGGGAAGGCCCGUCUCUCAAAAGCAAAGGAAAGGCAAGUAGUGCAACAAGAAUUACGGCAUUGACCUGGAGAUCGUUAGUAGUUAUGUCAAGAGAGUGGAACUAUUAUUGGUUUCGGUUAAUUCUUUAUUUGUCGCUUACACUAUCGAUCGGUACUCUAUUUUCUGGAUUAGGCCAUUCUCUAACAUCAGUUGGGGCAAGAGUUGCUUCGAUCUUUAUGUUUAUAUCUUUUAGUUCGUUAUUAAGCAUCUGUGGGGUACCUGCACAACUGAAGGAGGUCAAGGUGUAUGCUUGUGAGGAUUCAAAUAAACAUUCGGGAGCGUUUGUUUUCCUAACGGGCCAAUUCUUAGCUAGUAUGCCAUUCUUGUUUCUCAUCUCCAUUUCAUCAAGUCUGCUCUUCUACUUCCUUAUCGGGCUUAGAAACGGGUUCAGUCAUAUGAUGUAUUUUGUGGUCAACUUUUUCAUUUGCCUUCUGGUCAACGAAGGGAUAGUGUUGUUAGUUACCACCGUUUUGCAAGAUAUGUUUUGGAGUAUAGUAGUUCUAUUGUAUCUGCACGUGAUGAUGAUGCUUUCGGCUGGAUAUUUUAGAAUUCGAAGUGCUUUACCUGGUCUUGUAUGGAAGUACCCUAUGUCCAACAUUGCGUUCCAUACCUUAACGAUUCAGGGGAUCUUGGAGAAUGAAUACGACGGAAUUGUUUAUACAGUGGGGCAGGUGAGGAGCAUACCGGCGUAUGAAGCUCUUCAAAAUGUAUAUGAUGUGCCUCCAAAUGAUCAUUCCAAGUGGAAAAAUUUGAUGAUACUUUCACUUAUGGCUCUCGGUUAUCGAGUUCUUGUGUUCUUAUGGCUGCAGAUUCAUGUCAAGAAGUUUUCUUUUUUCGGGCUUUUGUACCGUAAACGCAAGAUCAAUGACAAAAUAUGAAUAAUUAGAACUGAUAAAAGAGAAUAGUCAGUCUUGAUCAGAUUAUUGAUAUGAUAUUUGCAUACUCAAACCUUUCUUCUAA